GCUUGGCGCGGUGCUCAGACUCUAGCUGUGUCAGCGUGUUAUGAUGCUGUCUCGUACUAAUCUGACUACUGGAAUCCCCAGUAGUAAAGUAAAGUAUUCAAGGCUAUCCAACACAGAUGAUGGCUACAUUGACCUUCAGUUUAAGAAAAGCCCUCCUAAGAUCCCUUAUAAGGCUCUUGCACUUGCCACUGUGCUGUUUCUGAUUGGCGCCUUUCUCAUUAUCAUAGGCUCCCUCCUGCUAUCAGGCUACCUCAGUAAAGCGGGGGCAGACCGGGCCGUUCCUGUCCUGAUCAUUGGCAUUCUGGUGUUCCUGCCAGGAUUUUACCAUCUACGCAUUGCCUACUAUGCAUCUAAAGGCUACCAGGGUUACUCCUAUGAUGACAUUCCAGACUUUGAUGACUAACACUCACUUCAGCCCUGAGACAAGUUACAGUGGGACUGAACCCACCUUUAAGAUAUUGAACAGAAACUAUGGUGAAGGGCUGAGGAAUUAUGCAGUUUGCAGAUGUUUGACAAAACAAUGGCCAGAUUUUAUGGAUCCAUCCCAAAAAUGUUCACUGAGCUUAAUUAGCUAAUUAGGAAAUGCUCUGUUUUUCAUCUGGCCCUGGCAAAACUCAACAAGUUUUUCCACAUGAAUGUGUACCAUGGAAGAACAGCAUUGCUAAUUGUCUGGGAAAGCAGAAGGUUAUUCUGUAGUGGAAAGUGUUACCAUUCCCUCCCUCCUCAGAGUGAGCAUUUCUUUUAAAUAGUCUUCAUUGUCAAUUUGUUAUUGUAGCAAAUGGAAGAGUGUGGUAGUCUAAUUUCUUAGUAAGUAAUUUAUUUUUAAAAUAUC